AUGGGAUUGGGGUUCGGAGAGGCAAUUCGCUCGACGUGCGUGGGGCAGAGUGAAUUCCGAAAUGAAGAGGCUCGAGGUGAGCGAGCGAAAGAGGAGGGGGGCGGACGGAUGGACGGAUGGACGGAGGGGGUGAGUGGUGCUCGGAUGGGGCGUCUCCGCCAGUCAAGACGACGAAUCACCGUGGCCAGUCAGCGGGUUGGAGCGACGGGGCUGCGGGUUGGGAAAGGGCGCGACAGGCGCUUGUUUGAGCUCGAGAAGCGCCGGGUUUUGUACAGACGGGGUGGGAAGCAGAUUCUGCUUCGACAGGGACGGAUGGCACCAGCUUUUGGGAAAGCUAGUGCUACAAGCUGGAGCGAAGGGCAUGAGCGCACGCGAUUGGACCAGCUGGUGGAAACGACGUUGUUGCAGCCUUUCACCUUUGUGGUAGCGGAAAUAGUCUCGGACAUACUGACGGACAAGUAUCGCAUCGCUCGCCCUUCCGGGGAUCAUGGGUUGCUUGGUAUCUCCAUUGUUAACUGGCUCGUUGCAGCUUAG